UAUGGGAGAUUCAACGAAGAAAAAAAAGUAUGAGGAGAUUAACUUGGUCUCUAUGCUUAACAAAAAAUGAUAAAUCAAUUAGUACGUGUCAAAAUUGGUUGCCGGCCUAUUAAGGCAUCUGAUGCACCUCGACUUGUUCUUAUUCCAAUCAAGUUAACAGGACCAAAAAAUUAUGCUCUGUGGAGUCGUUCAACAAAGCUGGCUCUCAGGAAAAAAAAAAGCUUGGAUUCGUUAAUGGAUCGUGUGCAAAAGGAAAUUACAAAGGGGCAUUAGAAGAACAAGGGGGAAAAUGCAAUAAGAUAGUGUUGUUAUGGAUUGCAAGCACAGUUACAAGUGAAUUGUUACCAGAAUCAUGUAUGCUUUGAAUGUAGAGAAAGUUUGGACAGAUUUUGAAGAAAGAUUUGAUAAAUCAGAUCCACUAGAACCUACCAUAUAUGGUCUGAAAUUGCCAUUUUGAAAUAAGAAAUUGACUCUGUUACUUCAUAUUACUCGAAAUUAAGGGAUCUAUGGUCUGAAUUGGAUGUGAUGAUUCCAUCACCUGAAUGUAAUUGUGCAGAUUCAACUUCAUAUGUGGAGCAUCUGAAGUCACAAAGACUACUUCAGUUUCUGAUGGGAUUGAAUGAAAGCUUUAGAAAUAUUAGAAGUAAUAUUUUGGCUAGAAAAUCUGUGGUGACUGUAAAUGAAGCAUAUGUUGUUGCAGCACAAGAAGAAAACCAAAGAGCAUUGAAAGUUAUUUACAAAACCAGAGAUGCUUUAACACUUCUAGCAAGCAUGACUCAGGGAUACAAAUCAAAGCCAAAGAAGUUUGUACCUCCUGAAACAAUUUGUGAUCACUGUGGAUUUAAAGGUCACUUUAAGGCUGAUUGUUAUAGAUUAGUUGGUUAUCCUCCAGAUUUCAAGAGCAAGAGGAAGGGAACUGAUGAUUUCAAGCUUGCAUAUACACACCUGACAAAGAAUGUUGAUGAUUUUCCCAAGAGUGAAACUUUAACACAUAUGUCACCAACUCAAUAUCAGGAUCUAGUUAACAAGAUGGAUAGAAUAGGAACAUCAGAUUGCGCUGCUAACAUGUCAGGUACUCUUCAAUGGCAACGUAUUGAGGAUUGGUAAGGAAAAGGAAGGUAUGUACAUAUUGAAGAAAUCAAUAAAAUCCACAAUAAAUGCAGUAGUUACUGAGAAUGCAGAUGCAGAUGCAAAGCUAUGGCAUUGAAGAUUGGGACAUCCAUCAACUGGAGUAAUGCAAGAUAUUAAGUCAUUAAAUUAUUUCUCAGACAAGAAUGUGUCACACAACUGUGAGAUUUGUCCUUUAGCAAAGCAAUGUAGAUUGAAAUUUUCUGUCAGUACUAGUAAAACACUAAGAGUUUUUGAAUUGAUUCAUGUUGAUAAAUGGGGACCUUAUAGCAAGCCUACUCAUGAUAGA